AUGAUCUCUACAAAAAAUGCUUAUAUUGCAAAAUAUGGAAUUUGUAAGGAAUUAUUACAUUUUUAUGAACUUCAUCCUGAUAUUCCUUCUCUAACUGAUCCUCAAAUAGAACCUAGCAGUAUAUCUUCAAUUAAUAUCUCUUCACCUACUUUACUUGAUCCUGAAUUUCAAGAAGAAUCAUUUCUUACUUUAAAUAUUUCUAAUAAUGAAGAAGAAGUUGCAGAAAUAGAGCCUGAUAGUGAUAAUGAGGAAACUAUAAUGGACUAUUCUGCAUCUAAUAUUGAAAACAAAGAUAAUGAAGAAUUUAAACAUAUUGAUAAUCUUGAUAAUAGCUUUGGUUGA